GCCUUCCGAUGCCUUUGUUCUAAUGCCAUCUGCCUGUAUUCGGCUAGCUAGACCUUGAAUUGAGUACGUCUGCCUGUUUCCUCUGCUUCGAGCCAGCUGGGAAUUGAACAACUCAACAAUUGAAUUGCCCAGGAAGAGCCAUGCCCCUGGAAGACGAUGAGCUCAGUUGGAAAAAACAAGCGGAAGACAUCCGGGAAAUCUAUGAAUUUCGGGAGGUGCUCGGCACAGGUGCCUUCUCAGAGGUGGUGCUGGCGGAAGAGAAAUCGACUCAGAAAUUGGUGGCCAUCAAAUGCAUCGCCAAGAAGGUGCUAGAAGGAAAAGAGACCAGCAUUGAAAAUGAGAUUGCCGUCCUGCACAAAAUCAAGCAUCCGAACAUAGUGGCCCUGGAUGACAUCUACGAGAGUGGAGGGCAUCUCUACCUCAUCAUGCAGCUGGUUUCUGGAGGGGAACUUUUUGACAGGAUAGUGGAGAAGGGAUUUUACACAGAGCGAGAUGCCAGCAAGCUGAUCCGUCAAAUCCUUGAUGCUGUUAAAUACCUGCAUGACAUGGGCAUUGUGCACCGUGACCUCAAGCCUGAGAACCUGUUGUACUACAGCCUGGAUGAGGAAUCCAAGAUCAUGAUUAGUGACUUUGGGCUGUCGAAGAUCGAAGGCUCCGGCAGUGUCAUGUCCACAGCCUGUGGGACUCCUGGCUAUGUGGCUCCUGAAGUCUUGGCACAGAAGCCUUACAGCAAGGCUGUGGACUGCUGGUCUAUUGGAGUCAUUGCCUACAUCUUACUGUGCGGCUAUCCCCCAUUUUACGAUGAGAACGAUACCAAGCUGUUUGAACAGAUCUUGAAGGCUGAAUAUGAAUUCGAUUCUCCCUACUGGGAUGACAUAUCGGACUCAGCCAAAGAUUUCAUCCAGCAUUUAAUGGAGAGAGAUCCCAAGAAGCGAUUCACUUGUGAGCAAGCCCUACAACACCCAUGGAUUGCUGGAGACACUGCGCUAGAUAAGAACAUCCAUCAGUCAGUCAGCGAGCAGAUCAAAAAGAAUUUUGCCAAAAGCAAAUGGAAGCAAGCCUUCAACGCAACAGCUGUGGUGAGGCAUAUGAGGAAGCUACAACUUGGCACCAGUCAAGAGGGGCCUGGCCAAGCCUUGCAGGAGAGCAACGGCUCGGCUACUAAUAGCAGUGAGGAAUCCUUGGGGAAUGGCUCUCACUGCCAAACUCGGGACUGAACAUUCACCAAAGGACAGAGGACUAGAUGGCAGAGCCAGCAGCAAUCAUAACUGAGUGGGCAGCCCCAAGCCCUGUUGUAAGAGCUAGGGAAGGGUCCGGGACCACCAUCACACCUUCCCACCAAAGUACGGCCGAGUCCCACUGUAGGGGAAUGGAACCUGUCCCCUAUUAAUUGGCAUCCUCCAGAAUCUGGAAGUGGAGGCUACUAUUUUCUAAGCCAUGCACUUCCCUGGAGAUGCUUUAUCCUCUCCUGUUCCAUUCCCCACCCCAAUCCCCCUGUUGGUCACACCAACAAGACCCAUCCUGUCCCCUAUGCUCAUUCUUCAUCUGAAGACAGCAAUGAUGCCAUCCUCUUUGGCCCACCACCUGAGUGGCUAAGUCUUGGAAAGAAACAUUCAAGACCCCUCUGGCUUUCUGCAGCAGCCGCUCAAGUGGGAGUUUGAUCUCCAACUGUGCCCACCAUCACAUCGCUUGAGGAAACCAAUGAGAAUCCCUGCUUCUCCCACCUGGUCCAGCCAAGCCAACCCCAGGAACGAGGACCUACAUACACCGUAGCUGGCACUUGGCUCAGUUGCGUGCAGUGUCGGAGAAUAAAGAUUGUUUUGUUUGCAGAGAG